AUGAAUAAGGAAGGUGAAAAGAGGGAGAAAUUUGAAAGGACGGAGAGGAAAAAAACGAAAGAGAUCAUGCAACAGAACCACAAGUUUAGCCUUGACUUUGAGGAAGACAAUGCGUCAAAUGAUUUUACGCAAGUCAGUCAAAUAUACAGAGAUAUAGAAUACAUGCUAAAAGAUGUGAAUGAAAAGUGUAACAAUUUAAACAAAAGGCAUUCAUUGGAUGAUGACAUAAAAUUGGAAUCAAUACAUCUAAACGUGGGCCCAUCCAGUUCAUCCAUUCCAAACAGGGCACCCAGUUCAAUCGCUUCUCCAAGUUCAAUCGCUUCUCCAAGUUCAAUCGCUUCUCCAAGUUCAACCGCUUCUCCAAGUUCAACCACUUCUCCAAGUUCAACCACUUCUCCAAGUUCAACCACUUCUCCAAGUUCAACCACUUCUCCAAUUUCAACCACUUCUCCAAUUUCAACCACUUCUCCAAUUUCAACCAAUCCAUUUUUUUCAAAAAAAUGCACAUCAAGUUGUUCAUCCGAAUCGAGUUAUUCCGAAAGCAGAGGCAACAUUCAUGAUGAAAUGGACGAUUUGUCUCUUAGCGAAAAUCUGUCAAUUAAUGAAGUUUUUGCAGAAGAUUCUAAUGACAGGAAGAAGAGUAAAAGCUUUAAGUUUUUUGACCAUGAUAAUGGAGAUUAUUCAAUUUCGCCAUCGAACACAACAAUCAGAGUUAGUAACACAAAAUGUUGCAGCGAUGAUAGAAAAAGUAGAAAUGGAAGAAAUAUUCAAAAGAAUCCCAUUGAAUUAAUGUCUGGUAACAUUAGUGAUGAGUCUAGAAGUUUAGAUGUGUACUACAAUUGUAUAAGUGUAUUUUCACUGAACACUUACCUGUAUAAUGACAUGUUCAGAUAUAAUCCUCACUUGUAUGGUAUUUACGAGACGUGCAGAAAUAAUGAAAAUAGGUGUGGAAAAAUUGGAGUGUUAUGUUCCCAAUUUGAUUUAAUAUUCCUUAGAUCAGUUUAUGGAAAAUAUCAGAAAAUGCUAUAUGACAAGUUAAAACACACACAUACUAUAUUAGUAGAUAAUAUUCCAUCAUCAUAUAACAUUUUAAAUGAAAUUUUCUAUACAUUCCAAAAUUAUUUUGAUGGAAAUGGGGGUUUAUACAUGUGUUGGAGAAAAAAGCUUUUUCAUUUGACUUUCUACGAUUACAUGUUUUUAUCAUCUGAUGUUUUAUUUAAAAGAAAAGUUAUAAAAAUUUUGAAAUUAGUUUUUAAAGAAAGAUAUAAUUUGUACAUUUUUCAUUGCGAAUUUGAUUUAUAUAGUACCCAAAAUAAGUUAAGCAAUUUAGACGAUUUAAUUCUGUUGAUGAAGAAAACUUUAUGGAAAAUUUAUAUAUUUCAACUAUUUUAUAUGCACAGAAAACAUUUGAAAAUAACAGAAGAACCAAUGAACAGUCAGGAAAAUAUGCUUUUGCAUAAAUAUGUUGAUAAAAAUGAGGUAAUAACAAAGAUGAGCAAGUUGGAAAAGGGGCUAAAUUACAACAAAAAAGAGAUAGACUAUAUUUCUAACAUGACAGAUUAUGAAAAGGGUAAUAAUAGCCACAUUGGUGGUGGUAAUACGUCGAUUGAACCAAAUGAAAAUUCAAAUGAUAAACCAAUAGCAACUAUGCUUUUCAAAAAUAGUUCCAUGUUAGUUAUUGGAAGUUUCAACAUAGACGUUGAAGAAGAAAGAGAAUUAUAUGAUAAACUUGUAAGUCUAAACGGUCGAGGCAGAAUGGAUGAUUUGUUUUUUUAUAAAAAUAUUAAUUAUAAAUUACAAAAAACAUACGAUAUUAUCGAUAGGAAAAACACACUAGUUAGUGGAUUGAAUUAUUCAUUUGGAUUAACGGAUAAUAUUUUCCUUGUGGAUUCUUUUUUUAUCAAUAGAGACGAUAUAAAGGAACUCAUUUAUUUAUUUACCCCUGCAGAUGUAAUAAAAGAAAAAAUGAACAAAUUAAAUAAAUCCAUAAAUUCCUAUGAUUUGGAAAAAUUUACAGAAUUAAUUAAUAAAAAUGGAAUUUUAAUAAAAUUUCAACAAGUUUUUAACUAUGGAGUUGAUAUAUUAACACAGAAAAAAAAUAAGGAACUUAGUGAUCAUUGGGCAUUAUCUGCUCGUCUUCAUCUAAAAAAUUUCAGUACAAGUGUUAACUUGCACAUAGAAAAGCAGUUGCAUAAUUUUUUACUCAACGUUGACAAAUAUUUUGUUCUGAGUAAAAGAUCUUAUCACGAUCUUUGUCGUGUGUUAACGUAUAAUGUGUUGGAGGAGGAAAGUACUUACCAGGACAAUAAACAUAGAAGAGAAAAAAGUAGAACAAAGGAUCCUAAUAAAGGUAUCAUAAUUGAAAAAUAUAACUAUUCUAAAAGGUGUGUAAUAUCAUCUGCAAACAUUAAUUGCAUUAAUAAGGUAGAAAGAAAAUUAUACAACAUCCUGUCAAAAUGCUUCGAACUUUACUGA